AUGGAAGGGUGUUACUGGGUUGAUUUAGAAUAAUAACUUUUGAAAUCCCUCUACGCGAACUAGAUAAUAAUAUUAUGUUAUUACGACGGACAAAAAUAAUUCUGGGCUUAUGAAGCAGGAGAGAAUCAGGCGUCGUGCCAUUGGUAUGUGGAGGAAUAUGAAAGUGAGUAGAUGACAAGGUAACAAUUUCGACCAAUGGAUUGAGCACUCGUCUGACGUACCAACGUGUCCCCAUAGUAAUCGAGCGUGUCCAAGCUUAACCAACAGUGCUGGCCACUGUUCAUAAUACUAAGAGGCAAAAAUGUCACUGGACCCAGACGCUAUCGGACUCAUAGCAGCAGGAUGCGUAGUCUUCCUCUUCCUGUUUGUCUGUUCGAUGGUCAUAGCAUGCAAAUAUUACCGGUGCGUAGAGAGAAAACGAUUGGAAAAGUUAGCCAACAUGCCAGCGCCAUACCCUCCUAGCUACUCUGUGGAGCCGCCACCACCCAGCCAAUCCUCACACAGCGGUAUACCUUUCAAGCUCGCCAACUACACACCAAAAAUCUUCGGUACAACGAUGUCUCAAGAAGAGCUGCUUAAGUCGGGAGGUGAAUGCUGGUCUGAGCCAGAGAACAGAAGACAAAAUAAAUAUCAGAAAAAAGAGCAACGUCGACGGAAAUACAGCACCGACACUGAAAUCAAGACUGCAAACGUUGAUGGCAAGAUCGUAUCCAUCGUGAACGUCAAUGGGGGUUACAGAGACGAUGAAGACGAUGAUGACGGUAGACCAAACGGACAUUGGGUGUACGAUCACAACUCACCUGGUCAGGGGGGUUUUGUCGUCAAGGGUUACAUGGUUCAAGGACAUAUUGUUCCCGAGCAAUACCCUCAAACUGUUCAGCAAUCUCAAUUCUAUCAGGGUCACCAGCUUCCUCAGAGAGAAACUGGCGGUUUUCCAGUGAUGCACAGCCAUGUAGUGGCAACACCCGAGCCUGUUCAAAGUGAAGGUCAGUUUGCCUUUCCUGGGGACCGCGAACCCGAGGCGGAAGUCGUGAGAGGUCAUUAUGUGACCCCGAGUGACGGUCACCCCGUACGCGGUCAUGUGAUAAAACAAAACGUGAGCGUGGAAGAGGACGGGAAAGUUCUCGUGACCUUGAGACAAGACGGAAGUGACGUCAUUCAAAGUCAGACCACGAUCUCACAAGCUGAAUUGGAGGGUAGCAGCUACGAAAGGCAGAGUGCAAAUGCCGUUUCGAACAUCACGACUGUCACCCAGCAGGCAGAGGCCAAACCAGUAGAGACGACAUCAGAAGUUGUGACAGAUGUUUACUCUUUUGCAAAACGUUCAGAGGAACCGAUCAAAAGACAAGAAGCAGAAUUAACACGCUCGCUGAUCACACCAGAGGAACGCGUGGUGACUUGGCCGCAGCAGGAGCAGACGAGCACCGAUGUCAUAGCGGCCAUUCCGACUGUCGACCAGACAGUGAAAGCCUCGGACUUCGACAGACAGGCGCUGGAGGUGGAAAGUGUGCAGGCUGUGCAAGGCGCACCAAUGCUGGGGGUCCAGGGGGCCGUGGACACGGGUGCUUCGAAUCAAUCAGAGAACUAUAAAGUGAUCAAGAAACAUUAUCACGUUGAGCAUACCAAAUUGCCAGACUGGAUGAUUCAAGAAUACGAGGAAAACGAUGCAACAAUGAACAUCGAUGACGACGCUGACGACGAUGAAGACAAAGGAAAUCUGGACUUAAACACGUAUAUGAACUCUGCCGUCCCCACUUCUGGUUUCCACACGGGAGCCCCUGGCGUCAAUGGUGUUUACGCAAACUACAUCCAGCCAACGACUGAAGAAAGGUCAGAGGUUCCCCAGUACGAGAAUGCUACUGACUUCACCACUGCGGACUUUGUAGACCCGCAGCCAAGAGGUGCAGUGCAGGAAAUUGUGGGAGGUCAUGAAGCCGCACGUGCUGCAUCACAAGGGGGAGACGCCAUUUAUCAAAAUUAUAUAUCUCCGCCAUCAUCUCAGCUUGUCCCUGACGCACAAGCAGCAACGACUACAACGACGACAACUUCGGUGAGGCAGCUCCGUCAAGUGUUCAGCGAAAGCGCAGAAGGAGUGCCUUCGUCCUUCACCUCCACGCCCAGGUUUGUGGCCGAGAGUACCGAGCACGGGGCGGGGAGUGGCUUCGUGAGGGGCGGGGCUGAGCAGGUCUUCAGGGUGGAGUCACGACGGCAGAGAACAGCUACAGACGGCACUGUUGACUUCCUACCCCCACCACCACCGCCACUGCCUCCCACGCUUUAGAUAAUAAUAAUAGACUGUUCACUCAUGACGAGAAAAAGAAGUCUAUUUAAACGACAACGGUAGCUUGAGCUUUUCUUUGAUUCUUUCAGCCGUUGAUUUGGCUAAAAUGAAUACUAUCGACAAUUAGUGAAGACAGAACCUUAACAUAAUAGGUACGACACAUAAUAUUAUGGUAUUUGCGAAAAUAAUCCCUAUAAUGCUUUAAAGCUGACGCUGCAGCUAUAACACUCACUGCCGAGCGGAAGCAAGAGUGUUAAAAUAGUAAUGCAGCCUAGGAGAUUGCAAACAAAACAAAUAUAUUGAAGCCGAUGUUCGUCAGAGAAAUGUCCAUGAACAAACAUUUACUGUGUUCUAUUUUUAAACCUGAUGGCGUUCUCCAGGCACCGUAAAGCUGUACAGCAAGGAUAUUUAACUGUACUCAAAAAAAAAAUCCGUAUUGCAUUGUAUUAAGCAAGUUUAAUAAAGAAUAAUCAAUUACUAAACAACCAUACUAUUUAUUUUUACCUCCGCAGAGUACCCUGUUAAUCGAGGUUUAAUUAACUUUCCAAUCAAUGCACCCUUUUGACCACCCAUCUAAACGGCACUACGAUAACAUAAUAUUAUUGUUCCUGUUUUGUACAAAAUUACACUUGCGAACACUCCACAUUCUGCCUCUACCCUUUUUAGAAAUGCCAGGCUUAUUGCAAAACUCAUAAAUUAUAUUGCAUUCAUAGUUCAGUGCUACGUAUACAUCGUGAUAAGUAAGCUCAAAGUAAUAUAGUAGCUUAGACAUGCUCUUUAUACGGUGACCUGGAUUAACAUUAGCAAGAUCUGCGUCAUGAUUCUAUUUCAUAAAUCGUUUACAGAGAAAGAAGGUGCUUUGUGUCUACCUUGGUCCUUGAUUAACUUCUUUAUGUUACUGGCUACUGACAUGGAGUAAGGAGAACUUCAUACAACCAUCAUCUAAUUGUUGCACUUUCCUUCUUUUUUUUAAACUAUAAAUGUUGGGUCUUAGUUCACAGAGUAAGCAAACUAUUUGGUUCUCUUAAAGCUACCAUAGUUAUGAUAAUUGCUUAAUUUUAAGUAUAUCAAGAUAGUCUCUAAAACAGGUGUAAGAUUAUCUUGUAAAGACGUAUUUGCAGUGUGUAUACCAGUAAUAAAAUGUUUGUUUUGCUUGUUUGCAUCGCUUAUUGGAUAACAGAGUAUAUAGGUGGUAGAUCCUACACAUUUCUGCUGUGAACUAACUAUUCUGUUAAUGCGACUCCAUUCUAAUUAUCUUUCAAAGAAUGAGAUAAAACACGUCCAAUUGUUAUGUGUCAAAAUAUGGCCAGAAUUGACAUUAUUUCUAUAAUGUAUCUAAGCCUCAGAAGCAAGUCAUAUCUUAUCAAGGGUUAUAUACUGAGUUGCCUAAGAGACUAUUAUUCUCCCUCUAGUCUUUCUAAAUUAUGAUAUCCUCAUUUCAAAAUUAUCCAUCACUCGUCAUUUUAGCUUAGAGCGUUAAAAUAUCAAAAGUACCCACUUUGUGAUCUCGUACUUGUUCCACAUUCUCCUCUGUUUUCUGUUCUAUUUCAUAAAUCAGGACCCGGAUCUCGUUUAAAAAAUCUUUGUACCCCAUCCCCCUUCCCCCCGUUGUCCAUAGUAAAUAUUAUGUCCCUUUUAAAUGGGGUAUAAAAUUUACACUCUGGCACUAAUUAGUGUUCGUUUCGGAAGACAAGUGACUUAAAGAACCAUUCGAAGAGGGAAAGGAUUAAUGCUACGCAUAGACACAACCAGCCCCCCCCCCCAACCCCAAAAAAAACCAAACCAAAAACAACAACAACCCAACAACACCCCCUAACAAAUAAAACAAAAACAAAAAAAAACCCCAAAAACUUUUAGUAGACGAACUUGACUGAUUGGUGUAUUCAGGAGAACGCAUAUUCCAUUGUAUUCUUCAAGUAACAGUUACGUGAUUCUAUACAACCUUAGAUCUAUUUCUAUUGCUUUUUAUACACUUUUCUUACCUUUUUAAAAUAAAAUUAAUACAUUCCUUAAUACCAAAUUGUUUUGUUGAUUAGUCUGUUUGAGAAGUAAACUAUCAUUUUUGAUCCGUGAAAAGAUCAUUAAUUGUUUUAAGGUAUCCUUGGUUUUAAUAAUUAUUUUUAUCUUGUCGUUUACCUUCGUCUUUGAAAUGAAUUCCUCAAGAUUGUGUAUUCCCUUCCGAUAUUUCCAUAAUGAAAAAUGAAAAUUUUAGCCCCUGUCUUGCAUUGCCUGCAAAACUCCAGGACAUUUGUAUAUAUUUAUACAUUGUUUUUCUAUGUUGGUGAGACGAGAGAGUGAGAGACACAGAGAGAGAGAGAGAGAGAGAGAG